AGUGCGUGUCGGGCACGGUGGGGGCCAUGUUGUGCGCAGAUCUGUGCUGUCACUGAACACCUCGGUAUGGUGGGUUGAACAGGAUACAACAUCAGGGAAUCUCAAAGUAGUGCAAGAGCUAGUGACUAGUGCACAAUACUAAAAAACAGCACUUUUCCAAGCAUACAUCAAGAUGGUUAGAUGAUGUUUGCAUUGUGAUAUAAAGAGCAGAAAUUUCAGUAGCUAAGAUUCAGGUCCAGUCGGAAAGUCUGAGCCCGGUGCAGAUUGUGAUGCCACUCUAGCAGUAUGAGUGUCUGCUGCCGAAUGGACGCCAUGAAACUGGAUUUUCCGACUUCUGGACAGUUCGGAGAGGGCAUGGUGAUGCGACAGAAGCCAGAGGUGCGGCUGGGCCGGGUCCAGAGACUCAAACGAAGAAUCAGCUCCAGUUUCAGGCGACUCGCGCUAUCGAAGAGCACAGAUGCGGUGGACGAGGGCGCUCAGCUGAGCGCUGAUGACGUCACUGUCGGUUGUCUGCGGAGCGGCGGCUACUCGGAGGAGUUUCUGGACAGACUGGAGCCCAAUGGAAACAUUCCCAAACACGGCUCACUCUACAGAGGGUGGGAUCGACUGGUGGACCACGAUGUCGUCAGUCGCCAGCUGUCCAUCUCAUCCGACAGCAAACUUCUUGACGAUGACGUCAGAGAGGAGGCCAACGUCAUCAUGAGACCCAAGCGGCCUCCGAGACCCAAGUCAGAGGCCUACCUCUGCGAGGAAAGCAAAACUUCAAAACGAUAUUCAGCGUUUGGCGGCGAUUCUCCUUUUGGUCGACAGGAGGCUUACUUGAAACUGAACCAGCUUGGAGAAGGCUCAUACGCCACUGUCUUCAAGGGAUACAGCAACCUGACUCAGCAGACGGUGGCGCUGAAGGAGAUUCGUCUCCAGGAGGAGGAGGGAGCGCCCUUCACCGCUAUCCGAGAGGCCAGUCUGCUCAAGGAGCUCAAACACGCCAACAUUGUCACCCUGCACGACAUCGUGCACGUCAGAAAUGCGCUCACCUUUGUCUUCGAAUAUGUGCACACGGACCUGGCACAGUACUUGGACCGUCACCCGGGCGGUCUUCACGCCAAGAACGUACAACUGUUCCUGUACCAGUUGCUGCGCGGCCUCAGCUACUGCCACGCACGGCGCAUCCUUCACCGGGACGUCAAGCCACAGAACCUGCUCAUAUCGCAGAUCGGAGAGCUCAAGCUGGCCGACUUCGGUCUGGCACGAGCCAAGUCGGUACCGAGUCAUACCUACUCACAUGAAGUUGUCACACUGUGGUACCGACCUCCAGACGUACUGCUAGGGUCCACAGAGUACACCACGUCUCUGGACAUGUGGGGCGUCGGCUGCAUCUUCAUAGAGAUGAUCGCCGGCGUGCCCGCCUUCCCCGGCGUGCGCGACGUCUCCGACCAGCUGGACAAGAUUUUCCGUGUGAUGGGCACUCCGGACCCGCGCUCGUGGCCCGACCUGGAGACGCUGCCGCACUACCGACCGGAGAAGCUGAAGGAGCACCGAGCGCGCCGGCUUUCGGCCGUGUUCCCCAGACUGGGCGAGCUGCCGUACGCGGAACUGCUGGCAGUCAGAAUGCUGCAUCUGGUUCCGGAGCGGCGGAUCACCGCAGAGCAGGCGCUGCGGCACUGCUACCUGGCCAGUCUUCCGCCCGGUCUAGCCGACCUCUCGCCCCGGCAGAGUGUCUUCUCUGUGCCGGGAGUGCGGCUACACGGCGAGCUGCGCCAGUUCGCGCCGGCGCCACUACCCAAGGCCGCCCACGAACGGCGCCUCAGGCACUAGCGGGUCGCCUGACCAGUGCGCCGUUUCGCCACCAGAGGCGUUGGUGUCUGCCAGAGGCGCGGCGAGGUUUAGCGAAAGGGGAGAUCACGUGCCGUUUCCUACUGCAGGUUUUAAGUGACUGGAACUAAGUGGCGACGUACCGAGCGAUAAAACUUGGCGAAGACAUGUGAAUAUGUCCAAAGACUCAUGCGAAGUUAAAAGCGAAAACAGCAGACUAGAGUGAUCGAAAAGAUAGUGAGAUGAAUUUUAUAUGGUGUGUUAGGUAUAUAUGUGAUCUCUUUAUAGUUGCGACAACUCCAGUAUAUUAGUGAAAAUGAUGGUCAUGCUUGUACAUUUGUCUUAUUUGUCCAUUGUUGUUUGUUUGUCCGUUCUUCAUGGCGAGGUGAAACCGUGAAAUGAAAGUUUCUUUUUGUCAUUAUUGCCUUGUGAAUGAUACAGGCUUGUGAAUCUGCAUAUACAUUGAGACAUCGCGUAAACCGUCGUUGACGCGAACCGUCGUUGACAUCAUAUACCAGAACAAUGUUUGUUUAUGUCACAAUGACACCCAACUAUUUACUUUCGAUUAGAAAGUAUGUUCCUUUUAUUGACUUGUGUCCGAAACAUCUGUAAAAUAUGUACUAUUGACUGUUCAUCUGGGUCACUGUAUUGAUAUACAAUUAUUUCACUGUUGCUACUUUAUCGAUUGUUAUAGCUUCUAGCCUUGCCAGGGAUGUGAACACAUGAUAUGAGAGUGUGAGUUACGAGUGUGUAUGCUUUUCAAUCAUCGUGCUAUUUGCUAAAGACUGAAGUGUAGCUUACCUGUCUCGCACUGCCACAAACGCUCACUGCAUCUCGAAAGAAAUGAAACUCUUGUAUGUAUGCUCGAGAGGAAGUUGCACGAGUGGAAUGUAGGUACUCGGAGUGCUUUAUUGAAUGAAAGAAUUGAAUGCAUGUGAAAUGUAGUGAUUGUGUUUUACUCGCUGUUACCAAAUGACAAUAGAAUGUCGGAACAGCCAUUUGAUGGCAAAA